AGAAUGAGCUGUAGCUACCUCCUGUGCACCAUCCUGCUCUUUGUGGCCGUCCUGCUGGCCGUUACCGUCACCGGCACCAUCCUCUUCAUGAACCACUACCAGGCCCCGUCCAUCUCCGACGGCCCGCCGCACAUCUCCACCAACCAGGACGAGGCCAACGCCCUUGUCACCGUGGAGAGGGGCGACGGCUCGCGCAUCAACAUCUUCAUCGACCCCAACUGUCCCGACUACAACGGCAACUUCCUGCGGCUGGAGGGCGUGCAGACCUCCCUACUGCACUCGCUGACCGACCACGACGCCGACCUCAAGUCGGUGAAGGGGCAGGACCGCGCCCUGCUGGUCAGCCUGGCCGAGGAGGUGGCCAAGCUGUCGGCCCACGCCGGCCAGCUCAAGAUGGACUAUGAGUCCCUCCGGCGGGGCCAGGGCAGCCUGGGCCAGGACUUGAACACGCUGCAGACGGAGCAGGGCCGCCUCAUACAGCUGCUGUCUGACAGCCAGAUCAACAUGGUGAAGGUGGUGAACUCGGUGAGCGACGCACUCAACGCCAUGCAGAAGGAGAACGUGGGGCUGAAGGCCCGUGUGAAGGCCGACCUGCAGCGGGCACCGGUCAGGGGGGUGCGCCUCAAAGGCUGCUCCAACGGUGAAGGCUCCCGCCCCAGGGACUGUGGGGACCUCUACGCCAGCGGCCAGAGGGAGGACGGCAUCUACUCCGUGUUCCCGGUGCACCACCCCGCAGGCUUCCAGGUCUACUGCGACAUGACCACGGAUGGAGGCGGCUGGACGGUGAUCCAGCGCCGGGAGGACGGCUCAGUGAACUUCUUCCGAGCCUGGGACUCCUACCGUGAGGGUUUCGGCAAGAUCACAGGGGAACACUGGCUCGGUCUGAAGCAGAUGCAUGCCCUCUCCAUUCAAGGCAACUACGAGCUCCGCAUCGACAUGGAGGACUUUGAGAACAGCACAGCGUUCGCCCAAUACGGCACCUUUGGAGUGGGCCUCUUCUCAGUCGACCCCGAUGAUGACGGGUACCCUCUGACCGUGGGGGACUACUCAGGCAACGCCGGCGACUCCCUGAUGAAGCACAACGGCAUGAAGUUCACCACGAAGGACCGGGACAACGACCAUUCGGAGAACAACUGCGCCUCCUUCUACCACGGCGCCUGGUGGUACCGCAACUGCCACACGUCCAACCUGAACGGGCAGUACCUGCGCGGCCAGCACACCUCCUACGCCGACGGUAUCGAGUGGUCCUCCUGGACGGGCUGGCAGUACUCCCUCAAGUCCUCCGAGAUGAAGAUCCGGCCCACCCGCGAGGCCGAGAGCAAAUGA